AUGGCGGGGCAGCAGCCCGCCCAGCCGCACCGACGACAGCAGUCGCUGCCGCGCAAGCUGGAGCAGCUGCAGCGGGAGGGGCGGUUCGGCGUCGUGCUGCUGGGCUUCACUCGCGACGGCAGCCACCUGAUCUCCUACACCACGCAGCCCGUGGCCGCCGCCGACGCCCAGGACGGCUACUGCCUGCAGCUGUGGCGGUUCCAGCCCGGGGCACGCUGCGCCAGGCUGUGGAGUGUGCCGCUGUUUCGGACGCAGCCGUACCUGGAUUCCCUGGCUGAGGAGGAGGAGUUUAUGGUGGCUGACGACAUGCUGCUCACCGUGGCAGAGGCGCCCGACGGUGGCCUGCUGUUGGUGCACGGGCGGUCUGCCGACCCCGCUGACGCCGCCAGCCGCGACCACCACCUCACCAACUACCUCUCCAUCCUGCCAGGGCCCCUGCACGCCGGCGCAGCCCAGCUGCAGGUGGCGCACCUGUCUUACCACACCACCUACCCGCACGCCCCCUUCAACCCGUACCAGUUCCUGUCUCCGCUGGAGGGCACAGCGCCGCAGCAGCCUGGCGGCGGCGGCAGUAGCCUGGCCAUCGCGCUGUACGCGGCAGACGGCGUGCGGCAUGUGCACGCGGCGGUCAUCCGGCGGGGGCCGCUGCUGCAGGUGGCGGCGGCGGCGGCGGCAGCAGCAGGGGGCCGGCACCAGGCACAGAGCGAGGAGGAUGUGGAGGAGGACGAUGGGGAGGACAACAGCAGCUCCAGCAGAUUCCCGUCCCCCGACCUCACACCCCGCAGCACGCCACCAAUGUCGCCCGCGGCGCAGCGCAUGCCGGCGGCGCACCCUGGGGCCGGCGCAUGGCCCUGGGGGCACCAGCAGCAGCAGCAGCAGCAGCGGCACCAAGUCCCUGCAACCAGCAGCAGCUGGCCGGCGCAGCGGCGCGCGUCUGCGUCGCCGCGCGGCUCCCCUUGGCCUCAGCACCGCCGCCGGCAGCAGCAGCAGGCGGUGAGCGCGCACGACGGCGGCAUGCAGUGCAGCAGCAGCAGCCUGGAGGCUCAGUACGCACUGGUGAGCUGCAGCCGCGCUGCUCCACUCAGCAGAGCAUGCAGCAGCGGCGCGUGCGGCCUCGGCGCCAGCGCCUGCGGGGCCUUGGCGGCGGUCAGCCUGGCGGCGGCGCCGCAGCUGCUCGAUUUGGAGAGCUGCAUUUAUGCCGCCCUGCAGCAGCAGGGGCUGCCGCCCGCUGCCCUGCUGGACUAUGCGGCGGCGCCGGUGCUGGGGUGCAGCUGGGGAGACCAGGAGGGCCUGCUGCUGCUGGCGGUGCUGCGGCUGGCGCGGCAGCCGGGCCCGCCCUCGCCGCACCAGCAGCGCCAGCACCCGCAGCCACCGCAGCACCGCUCGGCGUGCGUCCUGCUGCAUGCUGCGGCCGCCAGCGGGGCGGGCGCGGUUGUGGAGUGGCUGGAGCCGCCCUACCCUUGGCACCACGACCUCUCUGCCUUCCUGGUGCAGCAGACCGCGUUUGCGGCCUCCAGCGAGCAGAUCAAUCCCUCCAUCAAGAAGGAUGUGGACAAGGUGGUGGACUCGGUGAGCCCCAAGGACCUGGGAGGCAAGCCUCAGGUGGCCUACUGCCGCUGCUGGCGCUCCGCCACCUUCCCGCUCUGCAACGGCGCGCACGUGGCGCACAACAAGGCCACCGGCGACAAUGUGGGCCCGCUGCUGGUCAAGGCCAGCGACUGA